CCUCAACCUUUUUUUUUACUUUUCUUAUUCACUUUGAAUUUCUCUUAUAUUUUUUUUACAGCUUUAUGGUCAUAUAUAUAUUUUUUCACUCAUAUUAUUUAUUCUCCAUAUUCCAGCUUGCUCGCUUGCACCAUCCCUAUUUUCUUAUAUUUAGCAAGAGGUGACUGCGGCUAUUACUAACACCGAACAAUUGAACGGAUAAACACACAAACCCCCUCUUUUUUUACAGCCAUGGUUGGGCCGAAUUUGGCGUGCUCGCCAUUGCCAGCGGCAAUUCCACUGCUAAAAUCCUGCGAAAGUUGUCGGCAGAGGAAGAUCAAAUGUUCGGGGGAUAAGCCGACAUGUGUGCAUUGCGCUCGACGCCACCAGCCAUGCAUUUACCGGCGGUCAGCACGAUACAAGCGGCGGACGAACCGCGGAAGCUUAAUAGAAGGAGACAAUUCCGAAAAAUCCAUAUCCCGAAGCAACAACAGGGCAACUAUACCCUUGGCGCCAGCUUUGACAAACAAAGGCAGUGGUAGUGAUAAGGCGGGAUCAGCGACAGGCACAACAGCAGAAGACUCUAGUUUGGAAGACACAUUGACGGAUGAAAACAUUCCGUUGUCCACGUUGUUCAAUACGGCACCGAUUCAUGAGUCGGAUAUUUUGCCACCGUCAAUACUGCAGAGCAUGAAUUUCUGGAUGAACGACUCGAUGUUAACGGGUGCGACCACGGCGGCUGCAGGCGUGGGAUUAGGAUUGGGAGGCGGCGGCGGCGGCGGCGGGAGCAUUCCUGCACAGGUGACGGCAGCACAGUUCACAUCCAUUGGCCAGCCUCAGCCUCAGUCUUUGACUCAGACUUUAGCUCAGUCACAGCAACAGGUGCAAAACCUGGACAUAUUGAGCAAUCUCAUUCCCAUGGAUAUCGCAUUGGGACUUCCGUUGUUCACACCGACACAGUUCAACCCCUCUGCGGCAGCAGCAGCAUCAACAGCAGAAGCAGGGCCUGGUGGCAGUCUCAGUGAUUUUAACAGCAUGGGAAGUAUGGCGGGAUUCCAGGCCAACGCGAUCAACCAGUCGAUUGAGUUUUCCACAGACUUUAUGCAGCAAUUCAACCAGCAAUACAGCCAGCAAUUCACCCCACUCAGUAUGACUCCGACAGCAGCAGCAACAACAGCGAGAAUCAACAACACUGGUAUACCAAGCUCGGUGGUAUCGCAAACACCGCUGUUUGGGUCGAUGGAUAUAAGCAGAGCGGGGAUGAUGCCGUUCUCGACAUCGGGAUUCACAUCGCCAAAUAUGGUCAGCCAGGCAGAUUUUCAGAGAUCGAUGCAAGGGAUAUCUGAGCUACAGGAAGUCAUAAAGCAGCAACAGCAACAGACAAUGUGUGGAAGGUUUGGAAGAAGCGACAUAAGCGCGCUUUUGCGAAACCCGUUGUUAUCGCCCAAUGCGUCCUCCACAGGAGGUAACAGCAAUAUGGGGAGUUUGACAGCAGGCUCAGCUACGUCCUUGUUUCGGACAGCCCAGGCUGCGAUGCCAGGACCGGGAGCAGGCAUGGAUUGGGGGAUCCCGCGGUAUAACAGCAUGCCGCUGAAACUGCCUGUGCCCGUGUCCGUGCCAAUGUCGGCUCCAAGGGGCAUGGGCUCCGUGACUCCCAGGAACCAGCAACAGCAGCCACAGAAACAGCAGUGCCAGUCGGUGCCGCCGCCGCGGAUCCCUGUUUCUACGCCGUUGCAAAGAGAAGCAUCUGGCGGCGGGCCUGGGUUUACAAACCAGCAGUAUGUGACACCCUCGACCGUCGCAAAGGUGUUCGAAGGGCUGAAUAUUCUGCCGGCACAUCUAAGCCAGCAGCGGCAGCAACCGAUGCGGCAGCAGCAGCAACCGAUGCGGCAGCAGCAGCAACCGAUGCGGCAGCAGCAGCAACCGAUGCGGCAGCAGCAGCAACCGAUGCAGCCAAAACAACCAAAGCAAGCCCAGAUUCAAGACACCUCGCCGGUCGACAUCGACAAGCCGGUGACACUAAGCAUGCUGCAGGCCAGCGCCAGCACCAGCAGCACCAGCAGUGGACCGACAGAAGGGGGCGCCAAAUCCGCCGCCGGCGCUGUACCACAGAUGAACAACGCCAAGAUCCCGCAGAUCCUGCGCGACGUCGUGGCCGAGCACCCUCAGCUGGGGUGCCCCGAGCUGAUCUACAAUCUGCUGAUCACGCACGUGGUGCUCGACUGCUCGCGCAUCGGCAUCUACGGGUCGCGGCUGUUCUGGAUGCGCGUGCGGCAGUACAAUGUGCCCAGGUUCUACCUUCUGGCGUCGAUCGCCGACGCCUGCCGGUCAUGGACGCAGCCGGAUGCGCAGCGCGCGGCCAUGCCGGCGAACCUCGACGAGACGUGCUAUGCGCUGGCCAUGCACUACGCCAAAAGCGAGGCCACGGCACCCACAGUGCUGAGCGCCCUGGGGCUGAUUACGCUGGGCGCGUAUGAGUUCAAGUCGGCGCGGUUUGCAGUGAUGGUCGAGCACAACUGCCUGGCGUGCAAGAUCAUGACGCAGAUCACGUUCCGCGGCUCUGCGUACCCAUGGCGGGCGGCGCCAAGACGCGCGGACGAGCGCGGGCUGGACGCCAACUACCAGCUGCUCAUCCGCGCGUUCUGGCGCGUCUACACGGCGCUGUUCUUCGGCACCGAGAUUUUCCUUCUGGACGCGCCCGACGACCGCGACUUUCUGCCGGAGAUGCCGGUGCACGACGACGACUUUGCGCACGGCGAGUUUGAGCCGGACGAAGCCGAGGAGUUCGGGUUCCGCAUGGUGGUGGCGGCGCGGCGGCCCGCCGAGAACUGCGGGUGUGGCGGCGGCGAGCUGGCGGCGAUCAUCUGCGACAUGCUCGUGCGGCAGUACAAGAUCGCCAACCUGUUCAACCGCGUGCAGCGCGGCGAGACGACGCCGAUGGCGUACGUGCAGUACCUGCGCGAGUGGGACCGGCAGAUGCUCGCGUGGCGCGCGGCGCUGCCCGGCCACAUGCAGGACGACCUUGGGGCGCUCGCGCACGUGACGCAGCCCUUGGGUGCUGGCCGGCGGCUGGACCUGGCCGGGCUGAGCGAAGAGGCCAUGUGGGAGAGGCGCCACCAGUGGAACUGCGACGUUGGCGUCGCCAUCGAGGUGCUGUACGUGCACAUGGCCUUCAGCAUGACGCGCAUCAAGGCCCACCGCAUUGCGCUGAUGAUUCUGGUGCGCGAGAACCUCGACAUGGUGCGCAACUUCCAGAACUCGCGCAUCUUCGCUGUGCAAGAGCUCCCCCAGGCGCCCGGCGCGCCCCCUGUACUCGGGUCGCAGGCCGAGGACGCCGCGUGCUUCCGCCGGUCACAGCAGGCUGCGUGCGACGCUUCGGCGCACAUCUACAAGCUGCUCAAGUUCAGCCACCAGUUUGGCUUCGACCUGCAUGCGCACACGACCGUGAUCAUCGGCACGCUGCUGCAGGUCGGCCUGGUGUGCAUUGGCCAGGUGCAGAGCACGGAUGCGCACGUGGCGUGGGGUGCGAUGCUGCGGCUGGCGCGCGUCCUCGGCAUGAUCCGCUCGCUGGACCGAUGGGGCCCGGCACUGUACAUCUUCACCAACAUUCUCAAGGCGCUCGGCCGCCCGGAUCUCGUCCUGCAGGUGCCCAGCCCGGAGACGCGUGCGCUGCUGGCUGCCGACACGCGCCGCCCCAUGUCCGCCGACUCGCCUGCCAGCUGCACCGACGCCGGCGGCAAGCGCAAGAGCGACGCGGAGGAUGCCCAUGGCGAUGAGAAGCGCUUCGAGCUCGGCGACCACCACCACGGGCCGCUGCUGUCGGCGUCGCCGGCCGUCGACGACGACGACGCCACGAACCCGUUCCCCGCCGACGACGCCACGAACCCGUUCCCCGCCGACGACGCCACGAACCCGUUCCCCGCCGACGAUGUCACGAACCCGUUCCCCGCCGACCACGUCAUUUCGCACAUUAUGCGCGAGCAGAAGGUCAGCACCGCCACCUUCUUCUCGCCGACGCUGCCCAUCCUGGCCGCAUCGCUGCUGCACAGCAACUGCGCCAGCAGCAGGUUCUGACAAGGCCAAAAACAAACUUUUAUGAUAAUGUCAGUUACAUUCACAAAA